AUGAGUAGAGGACAAAGCGAAACAACUUGGUAGAUUUUUUUCUCUCACUAUAUCUAUCUCUCUAUCUAUCUAUCAAGCCAAGCCCCUUUAAAUAAAACCAUCAAACACGCAAAGUCUCUCUGCACUCCGCCUAGAGACCAACUCAAACACCAUGCCGUCUCCCAUCCAAACGGAAGCCGUUCUCCACUCCCCUCCGCCCCACCCCUCCUCCCCGCCUUCUUCUCCGUCCAACAAGUGGGCCCCGUACUCGAGUGCCAAGGACUUCGACACCAACAUGGCCACCAUCCUCGUCGUCCUCGUCUGCGCCACCAUCCUGGCCUUCUCCCUCCACGCCGCCGCCCGCUGCCUCCUCAGCCGCUGCCUCCGCCGCCGCCGUCACGACGACCACCACGAAACGCCGGCGGACGAGAAGGGGAAGUCCGGAAGCGAGACGGCGGCGCUGGCGGAGGCGCUGCCGUCGGUGGUAUACACGGCGGAGACGAGGCUGGCCGGGGCGGAGGCGGAGUGCGCCAUCUGUUUGGCGGAGUUCGCCGAGGGGGAGCACGUCCGGGUGCUGCCCGCCUGCAACCACGGCUUCCACGUCAAGUGCGUCCAAGCCUGGCUCGCCUCCCGCCCCUCCUGCCCCACCUGCCGCGCCACCGUCGCCGCCGGCGACCUUCUGGAGGAGCCUUGAGAACCUGGGAAACGAAUCCAAGAAACCACGCAUGUCGAGAGGAACCGCUAUGUACGAGCGGAGCGCCUUUUUUUUUUCUUUUUCUUUUUGCGUUUUCUUUUCCUACUAAUUCCUCUAGUACCCGUUAUUAAGUUUUAUUGCCGGUGUGAAGGGUAUUCUGUCCUAGAGGUAAGGCGUACCACUUUUAUAUAUGAAAAAAGAAGUGGAAAUGUGGAAUAUAGUUUCUUCCUCGAGGAAAAGUUGUAUCCACUUUUUUUUGUCUAAGUAAUUAUUUUGGUUAAGAUUUUGGCUAAUAAUUAUUCUGCGACAUGGGACCUUCUGAAUUUUAAUUGUUGUGGCGUUUCCCGGUGCUACAAUUCGGAAGUUUGGGAAGCUUUGGGCUUUGGGUGAGCGUGAAGGUUGGUCAGAGGUGACACGAGUUGUUGUUUCCGGAAGCGUGUCAGGACGUGGCGACAGAGGCAGGUGGUGGGGAGGAGGCGGUGUCAGGUGGGCCGCGUACCUUUCAGGAUCCCGAGGGAGGAGUUCAGUGAUUCGAGAGGCGAGACGGUGGGGCUUGGCAUCUCCUUUCAACGGUCGGUAGCUCGCGGAGCGGGCGCCACCCCCGCCCCUCCAAAUUCGCGCAAGAUGGAUCGUGCGCGGCUUUUGAUGCUCGCCAAUUUUGCCAGAGAGCUUGGUUGAGUCGCCAUCUUGGCCCUCGGAGGCUUGGACCAGAAAACGUGCAUGAGUGCUACUUGCUCAUCUCUGUACAUUUUUGAAGUUUGUAUUGUGUAUGAUAGCUAUGUGUCUUUGGUUGA